AUGAUUAUGACGUCGAAAACGUCUACGGGAGACGGACACCGUCUCUCCUUCGCAAAGAUUGCUGCUUUGCCCCCACUAUUGCAACCGGAAGUUUCUGUUGCAUCUGAAAAAAGAAUCGGUCCACAGUCUAUUGAAGAACCGUCGCCUUCAGAACCGCAAUGCCUGCUGGAUAACGUUCUUUCUGGCCACGACGGCCUAAAUGCCGCGAGUAUAGAGGCCCAUGCCAUCGAUCGAGACAUCGAUUCACUCUCACAGGCCGUGCAAGUCGCCCAAAUCUCGGAGAAGACAGGCCAGGAGAGCAUGGAAUUCUCGGUCGAAGGCCAAGAAAAUGGAACUUUGAAACACGAAACCUCAUUUGAAGAUGAUCGGACCCACCUCUCAAACUCCUCAACGAAGCCAACCAGUUUUGAUUCAAAAAGUAUGGCAUCUGUGACUACUUUUGCCAUGGACGAAAAAGAUUCCCUACGCCCUGAUGAUAGCGCGAGUGUGCAGGCCAUAGACGAGGAAGAAUCUCUUUCUGGACCGGCAUCUGGUGCACCAAACUCAUUGACGGGGUCUGAAUCUGGUGCGCGUGGCUUCAGGGAUCUCCAAAGAUCACGGGUACCUCUUCCGAGCGUGGCUCCAAUUUACAAUGAUGGUUCUCAAAGGACCAAUGGUGUCUGUAUAGCAGACGCGGUUUCCAACAACUUUGUCGUUGCCAACCCAGAUGCAUUUUCGGCUGGUCGACCUUUGCAUGGAUUCCCCUCGGAGCCUGAUGAGAAGCUUCUUGAGGCUAUGAAAUCCCCCAAGGACCGUCUUCUAAUUCUGCAAAUAGAAGAAAAGGUCAGACACUUUAUCCAGAACUCCAAGGAACAAUCUUUGGAGCUGCCACCUUCCAAUGCCUUUGGUCGACUCCUUGCGCAUAAGUUGGGUGAUUACUACCAUCUCACCCAUUUCGUGGACAACAAUGUUACUUCAGUCCGACUCCAUAGGACACCUUUCUGCCGACUGCCCACCCCCCUCUCUAUUCUACAUGCUUCAACAAAUAGCACACCGCCUCCGACGAUGCCAGCGAUGAAAAUUAUGCGUCGCACAGAUGGGGAGCGGCCUUCGACCGAAGGAAGCAUAGCCGCAAGUUCGUCGGCUCCCUCCAAAGCUACUUCAGACGCAGGUGACAGUGGUCAUGAUGGGGAGCGUUGCGGCUCAUCCGCCGGAGCCACGCCUGCUAAAGAUAGGCUGCCGCUCACUAGAGAGGAACGCGAAGCGAAGUAUCAGGAAGCUAGAGAGCGGAUUUUCAGGGAUUUCUCAGAAUCAAAAACCCCAGACAUAAACGGAGAUUCCACCACCAAUAUUUCCCGCUCCAGCUCCACUAGUGGGCGGAAGAAGACACAGAGGCAAAAAACUCCCCAUGACGACAGUUUUGAGGCUCGUUCCCAGUUCAAUGCGUAUUAUCCAGGCAUGAAUUACUCCAACGGACCAAUAUCGUACGGUAUGGGCAUGGGUGACCCAUCAGCCCCCAAUCAACCUUAUAUGGUAGGACCUGGAGUAGCGCCACCAAGUAUGGGAUAUGCCCCUGCUCAAGGCGGCGUCAUGUAUUCUGGACAAGUGAAUAUGACCUCGGCGCCUCAUUAUCCCAUGCCGGUAUCUCCUCAGAUGACUACAAGCAGCCCUUGGCAGAAUGCCGGUGUUCCCCAACAAUCACCCUACUCCGGGUAUGCCGCCAUGAACCAGUCACCAGCAAUGACAUCUGCCAAAGUCUCUCCGGGCUUGAACAACUACCCUAUUUCAAAUCCAGCACAAUUCCAGCCGACUCCUCCGGGUUGGUCCUCUCCGCCGUAUCAGAGUGGCUACCAACAACCCACCCAUCGGAAUCAACCACCAAUUCCGUGGACAAACUACCAAACGCAACCACUCAACACAACCUCUUACCCAUAUCCCCAAUACGCUGGCCAACCUAUGAACUCCGGAAUGCCAACCCAUCCAGGUUCACAUCCCCUGCCGGGUACCUUCAAUGGCAAUAGAUCCCACUUCAAUCCUCAAACGCGCUCCUUUGUUCCAGGUGGCGCUGGCUUGGGGCGAUAUCCUGGCAAAAGUAGCCAACCCGGCAUGUAUGGGGGUCUGCAGCCCGGUCUGCAGCCUCAAUGGAACGCAUAUCAAGACCCGCAUAGCAAAGGCCAGGAGCAAUCUGGACCCAGUUUACCCCGGGGGAUACCUUCGGGAACCAAAGAUUCGAUUGCCAAAUGGGGAACACCGUCUCACCUUCCUCCAAAACCGCCUCCAUCCGAAGUUCCAUCUGAUUUUGAAUUGAAGCACCGGAAUCCCCCCCUUUCCUCCUCCUCCUCCUCCUCCUCCUCCCCCCCCACCAAUUCUUAUACUGGGAAUGCGUUGCCCAACCCUAAAAAUGGCCCCCUUGUUGUUUCUGGAGGGACGAGUCUUGCACGGCCAAGCUCAUAA